AUGGCAGCCAUCAAGGAGACUGUCUCCCAGUUGAUCGAAAAGUUCCAAGGCCCCGCCGAGGAUGCGCCCCGCGAACCCUCCGCUGAAGAACUGCAGACGCUCCAGAAGCAGUACUCCGACGCCGGCCAAGGGCAUGUCUUUGCCUUCUUCGACGAAUUGAGCCCCGUCGAGAAGUCCCGGCUCUUCCACCAGCUGGCCACCUUCAACCCCACCCGCAUCAACGAGCUGGCCACCACCGCCCUCAACCCUCCCCCCACCACCGCCGAACAGACCGCCGCCUCGCUGGAGCCCCUUCCCGAUGUGGCGACUGCGUCGAUCCUCGACUCCGACCCCGCCGAUCUCCAGAAAUGGUAUGACGAGGGCUUGAAGCAGGUCUCCCAGAACACCGUGGCGGUCGUGCUCAUGGCCGGUGGGCAGGGCACCCGUCUGGGCAGCUCGGCGCCCAAGGGUUGCUUCGAUAUCGGGCUGCUGAGCCAGAAGUCCCUGUUCCAGUUGCAGGCGGAGCGGAUUGCGAAGCUGCAGUCCCUGGCGCAGAAGACUCAUGGCGUUGCGCAGUCGACCAUCCCCUGGUAUAUCAUGACCAGUGGGCCGACGCGGAAGCCUACAGAGGAGUUUUUUGCGAAAAAUAAUUUCUUUGGCCUGGAUAAGAAGAACGUGUUUGUCUUUGAGCAGGGCGUGCUCCCGUGUAUCUCUAACGAGGGCAAGAUUAUGAUGGAGAGCAAGACUAAGGUUGCUGUGGCUCCUGACGGCAACGGCGGUAUUUACCAAGCCAUCCUGACCUCCGGCGCACGCGAGGACAUGCGCCGCCGAGGCAUCCAGCACAUUCACGUCUACGGGGUGGACAACUGCCUGGUCAAGGUGGCCGACCCCGUGUUUAUUGGAUUCGCCGCGUCCAAGGACGUGGACAUUGCCACGAAGGUGGUGCGGAAGCGCAACGCAACCGAGUCCGUGGGCCUGAUCCUGCAGAAGAACGGCAAGCCAGACGUGGUCGAAUACUCGGAAAUUGACAAGGAAACCGCCGAGGCUAAGGACCCCAAGCAACCGGAUGUGCUCAAGUACCGCGCCGCAAAUAUCGUCAACCACUGCUACAGCUUCCGCUUCCUCGAGUCCGUUGAGAACUGGGCGCACAAGCUGCCGCACCACGUGGCGCGCAAGAAGAUUCCCUGUCUCGAUACGGACACUGGCGACGCGGUCAAGCCUGAGAAGCCGAAUGGCGUCAAGCUGGAACAAUUCGUCUUUGACGUGUUCCCCCUGACUCCCCUGGAUAAGUUUGCAUGCCUCGAAGUUCUGCGCGAGGAGGAGUUUUCUCCGCUGAAGAACGCACGCGGCACGGGUCAAGAUGACCCGGACACCAGCCGGGCCGACAUCAUGAAGCAGGGACAGCGGUGGGUUGAGAAGGCCGGCGGUGUGGUGAUUACGGAGGGAGAUGCGUUCGGGGUGGAGGUGUCCCCGCUGAUUAGCUACGGCGGCGAGAACCUCGAAUUUCUUCGCGGGCGGGAGAUCAAGGCCCCGGCGAUCCUGGAGAAGGAGGAGUAA